UGAUGAUGAUGAUGAUGAUGAUGAUCAGAAUUAAGACUUUUACAGUGCAGUUCGUAGACAGUGUCUCUCUCUCUUUAGUGAGUGUAUAAAAAUUCCAGCAUGGCAGUUGUUCUAAACAGGGUAACUGUACUACCAUGAAUGGGGAUGAAGAAAAGCUGUAACAGCAGUGUGAAAUAUACAUAUUAAAUUAUGAUACAAAUAUGGUUCACCGGAUGAAUGGCAGCCAUGGAUAUGGAGACCACUAUCUGGAUAAAGGAAGAGAGGAUAGAUGACAUGCCCAAUUUGCCAGGCUCCAUGUUUCCUGAAGACCUAUUAAAAAUUGGAGAGCCCAGUCUUCAUGUAAAGAAAGAUCCAGGGCUGGAACUACAUAUGGGUGGCCGUGACUGUCACCAUGAUUUUGUUGAAGGUCCAUUGGGGCUCUCUUGCUCAACAGAUUUUACCAAGGAAGAUCCUGAAUUAAAUUUGGAAGCGGAUGGAACUGAGAAUAUAGUGGCAACCUCAACAAGAUAUGAAUCCAAUAGUAGAAGGCUGAUUCAAAAUAAUAGCGAGAGUUGUGGCAUUUCAUUUGAAGAAACUGUAAAUCAAGAAGUGGUGUACAAUGAGCUGGAGGUGGGUGCAGAGAAGUCCCCAGAUUUCACUAUGGUUGGACCUCAUACACAUGGAUUGACCUCAGUAAAAGAUAGCCUAUUCAGCAUCAUUCUAAAAUGUAGUUUAAGGAAAAAGGAUUUUGAUACAUUUUGCUGUAGUUUUUGCCUACAGAGCUUUCCUUCAAAAUACAAACUCAUAAUGCAUGUCUUUAUCCACAUUGAUGGUGUACAGCCACCUACAUAUGUUUGUAAGUCAUGUGGUGAGGUUUUUCCCAGUCACGUCACCUUAAACAAACAUUUGAAAAUGAGUGAGAAUGACAAAGCUUUAUCUCCUGACAAUAACAAGAAAUUUGACAGCAGCGAUGACUACAGAAACAACUUCUUCGAAGGUGAUAAAGAAGUGUCUGUCACUAAACAGAUGGAGAAGCAACCUUCAUCCAAGGAAACUUGUAAAAUUUCCAAGAAAUCCUUUAAUGAUAUAUAUGGCAGACAUACAACAUCUAUUACACACAGUGCUGAGGAACAAGAUAGAUAUGAUGAUUAUGGAACUACCUCUGCAAUGGGUAAUGUUGUUGACCACACUGCACUACUUACAACAAAGACGCAACCCAAAUGUGGUGUUUGCGGCAAGUCUUUUACUCAGUCGGGUCAUCUCAAGAGACAUUCUUUGGUUCACACUGGAACGAGACCACACAAAUGUGAUAUUUGUGGCAAUUCUUUUAAUCGUUUACAUAAUCUCAAGAGACAUGCUUUGACACACACUGGACUGAGGCCCCACAAAUGUGAUAUUUGUGACAAGUCCUUUACUCUGGUCUGUGAUCUGAAGCGACAUAUAUUAAUACACACUGAAAAGAGACCGCAUGCAUGUGGUGUUUGUGGCAAGUCUUUUGCUCAGUCGUGUGAUCUCAAGAGGCACAUAUUUAUUCACACUGGAUUGAGACCACAUAAAUGUGAUAUUUGUGGCAAAUCUUUUACUGAGCUGGGUCAUCUGAAGAAGCAUUUAUUAAUACACACCGGAACGAGACAACAUAAAUGUGAUAUUUGUGGUAAUUCUUUUACUGCCUUACAUGAUCUGAAGAGACACGCAAUGAUACACACUGGAAAGAGACCACACAUAUGUGACACAUGUGGCAAAUCUUUCUCUGUAGCGGGUAAUCUUAAGAAGCACAUAUUAAUACACACAGGACUGAGACCCCACAAAUGUCAUGUUUGUGGCAAAUUAUUUACUCAUCUGCAUAAUCUCAGGACACAUGCAUUGAUACACAAAGGUAUAAGACCUCAGAAAUGUUGUGUGUGUGGCAAAUCAUUUACUGAGUUGAGUACACUGAAGAAGCAUUUGUUAAUACACACUGGAGUUAGACCACAUAAAUGUGUUAUUUGUGGGAAAUCUUUUACCCAGUGGGGUCAUCUUAAGAGGCAUUCAUUGCUACAUACGGAUUAUAAACCACAUAUAUGUAACACUUGAUUGAAUUAAUUUUCUCUAGUCAAUGCUCUCAAGGGCUAAACAAUAAAGCAUGUAUAAUGAAGGGUACACACGUUUUAUUUGUUAUGUAAAAUUAUUAACAAGUGCCAGAAUUGUGAAGAAAUGCACAGAUGUGCGUUAGAGAGACAUCAAUAAUACGACAGUAGGACUAACCCGUCUCAGCAAUUUAACGUUUCAGGAAAUUUCUGUACUAAAUACUACAGAUGAGUCACAGAAAUUGAAUUUUCUUUGUGAUUAAUGGUGCUAUGUUCCUGUCAGACAUAGACCAGAAGUUAGUAAUAUGUGAGGAAUAGUUCACCUAUGGCAGUAAUCAUAUUGUGUGAUGCAGUAUUCAGUCGGGAGAUAUGCUAUAGUAGGGUAGUGGUUGAUUAUUUUUCAAUAGGUAUUAUGAUUUAAAAAUUUUUGAAGCUGUCUGUAUGUAUUAGGCACAGAGACAGAAAAAAUUAUAAUAUCAAUGGCACAUCUGUCACCCAUACAAAUUAGUAGAACACUGGAGAAAGAUCACAGAAAUGAGAAUAGCAGUUAUUUUACUCCAGCAUGGUUUCUCAAUACUAGCACCUGAUAUACAGUUAUGCUG